GGCAGUCCAUCAACAUGGCGUCGACUGAGCAGGUUGGACCAAAUAAAACAUGGGAAUUAUCGUUGUACGAGAUGCAUCGUACACCCCAGGAGGCGAUAACUGACAACACAGAAAUCGCCGUAAGCCCCAGAAGUUUACACAGCGAGCUCAUGUGUCCUAUUUGCUUGGACAUGCUCAAGAAAACGAUGACCACGAAGGAGUGCCUUCACCGCUUCUGUUCCGAUUGUAUCAUUACUGCACUUAGAAGUGGUAAUAAGGAAUGUCCAACGUGCAGAAAGAAAUUAGUGUCAAAACGUUCCUUAAGACCAGAUCCAAAUUUUGACUUGCUGAUCUCUAAAAUUUAUCCUAGUAGAGAUGAAUAUGAGGCUCACCAGGAACGUGUUUUGGCAAAAUUGAACAAUUCCCAUUCUCAAGCAGCUCUUGUCAAUUCAAUCACAGAAGGGAUCAAGCUUCAAAGUCAAAAUAGGCCGCAGCGUUCAAGAAAGAAUGCCAAUGAACCUGAAAAUCCUAAUAAUUCAGUAUCGUACAAUAAUACACCAAAUGUCAGUGCCCCAACUACUCCAAAUCCAGUAGUUUCUGCAGCAAAUCAAAGUGACUCCUCCCAAAGUGCAAUUGGACAGUCCAGUAAUGGUGCGACAAACGGUGUACCACAGCCUUCAAUUAGUCCAGCAGCUUCUGCUGCAACAUCAAGAAACUCGACAACUCCAUCACCAGUACCAUCAAAUCCAAAACCAUCUAAGAGACAUAAAAGUUUACAAAACUCUGAAAAUGAUUCGUCUAGUGCAGAGGCUGAAACAGGUGGCAAUGAUUCUAUGGUUGAUACAGAGGGAGAAGGUUCUAGCGAACCUUUAAUGUUAAACGAGAUAGAAUUAGUUUUCAAACCUCAUCCUACAGAAAUGGCUGGAGAUAAUUCUCUAAUUAAGGCUCUUAAAGAAAAUAGUAUUAGAUAUAUUAAGACAACAGCAAACUGUACAGUGGACCAUUUGAGUAAAUAUUUGGCAAUGAGACUGACGCUGGACUUGGACACAGAAUUACUAUCCGAGUCUGACAGGCUACUAAACUUUUGCAUUUAUAUUGCUCCAACGCCUGGUCAACUCGUUGUUUUAAGCGGCUCACAGACGCUUCGUCAAGUGAAUGACAAAUUUUGGAGAGUGAAUCGGCCCUUAGAGAUGUACUAUUCGUGGAAAAAGACUUAGGGAAAAGCUUGAGUAUUUCAAGCUAAUGAUUAAAAACAUUUUGCAAAAAUUACGACUGUCAAAGUCCUGGCACAACAAAAGAGGGCCUUAAAAAGUAAAAAAUAACACUUGAUUGAUUUUGUAAUAGUCGUACUGUAAUUAAGUUUAUGUGACAAACUUAUUUUGAUUCAAUUAUUAUCUUUGUUGGUUCCUGAUUUGUUUACUUAGUUUUGAAAGUAUUAAAAUGAUAUUUAAGAAUAAUUUGCAACAUAAAAAUUAUGUUUGUGUAUUUAUUUUUUUUUUUUGUUUAUGAGUAUUAGUGAAUUAAAACU